AUGGCAGCUCAUAUCGACGUCAACGUGUUUGUCGGGGAAGAGCUGAAAUGUCAAGUUUUUAUCACUGAUGAGCAAAAGGAAAUCGAUCUGACUACAACAAGAAACGAUGUUCUGCAAGUAGUGAAAGAUUUUCUUCCCCUUAACUUCUUAUUCACAAAGCCUGUUGGAAAACAAGAGAGUGCACGUAUUCCUGUGGUCCCUGGACAAGAAACCUUUGUCAAACUUGGAAAAUGCCUCGUCCACGAUGAGGAUGAUUCGCUCAACCUAUAUCUUCAGCAAACAGAGUCGGCGGGGAAAAGGCCUUCGAGUACGCUGAAUUCUCCGAAGCCAAAGCGUCUACGUCAACAGCCUGUCUAUAAAUACUUUCAGACUUCUGGAAUGCCGACAACUUCAGCUGCAGAUUACAGCGCAGCACGUGGACGAGUGUAUUUAUACACAGAAUCAACGAUAGAGAAGGCCACUGAUCGAAGAAAGGAAUACUACAGGUUCUGGAACGAGAAAGCGCAAGAGCUGUGCUCAUCGCCCAGCUUUUCAAAGUACUCAAAGCAAGAACUUCAUGGCAUCAUUGACACUCACUGGCAAAUGCAUGCCACCGAACUCUGCAUACGAGAUGCAGAGCGAGAAGAAGAGUUGGCGAAAUCUCUGUCGCAGGAAAUUCCGGGGCACAAAUUAGCGUUGUCAGCGAAAACUGUGAACAAAAACUUAAAAUUAUUACGAGAACAAGACCAGCAAAUAAGGUCCAUAAACGAUGAGAUAACUGCGCUGUGCGCCCAAGGACUCUUGCCACAAGUUAAGACGACAAUCAAGCAGAAAGAAGAAGAACUGAAGAAGUCCUUAACAGAGCUAAAAUUGGCCCAGGAUCGUUUGCGAAAAUCGGUUGCUGGUCUGACCACUUGUCGAACCCAGGCGCUUGCUUCAGUAAAAAGAAAGACGAAAGCAAGCAGUGAAAUUGAAAUGGAGCACGAAGACUCCUCUGAAGAGCUAUCAUUUGAUGCCAGUGAAGAAGCCGACAUAUUUGCCAGACAGGUGUGCAAUGAGGACUGGUAG